GUCGCUGGCGCAGCCUUUGGCCCCCGCAUCAAUCAUUAACCGCCAGCUCGGGCUUCGGCGACCCGAGGAGCGGGGGAGGGAUGGAACGGUUGUUCAGAGGCUCCGGUCUUCUGAACCUGCAGCGACGCCCCCGGCGCGCGCACAAAGGCUCCGACGGCGGCCGGCGGGGACUGGCGAGCGCGCAGGAGCCGGCGCCAGAGGUCGCCGGUGCGCGUCCUAGCCAAGCACCGGGCACCAUGCCGCGGCGCCUGCAGCCCCGGAGCGCGGGCACAAAAGGCCCGCCUGGCACGACCGCGGCGGCUUCGGAGGCCGCCUCGCGUCCUCACGCCUUGGCCUCCAGGGACUCUCCGGCAUCCGCCAAGCCGCUACUGCGCUGGGACGAGGUGCCCGACGACUUUGUGGAGUGCUUCAUCCUGUCAGGCUACCGGCGGCUGCCGUGCACGGCGCAGGAGUGCCUGGCCUCGGUGCUGAAGCCCACCAAUGAGACGCUCAACUUCUGGACGCACUUCAUCCCGCUGCUGCUGUUCCUGAGCAAGUUCUGCCGCCUCUUCUUUCUGAGCGGCCGCGACGUGCCCUUCCACCAUCCGUGGCUGCUGCCGCUGUGGUGCUACGCGUCGGGCGUGCUGCUGACCUUCGCCAUGAGCUGCACGGCGCACGUGUUCAGCUGCCUGUCGCUACGCCUGCGCGCCGCCUUCUUCUACCUGGAUUACGCGUCCAUCAGCUACUACGGCUUCGGCAGCACCGUGGCCUACUACUACUACCUACUGCCAGGCCUGAGCUUGUUGGACGCCCGGGUGAUGACCCCGUACGUGCAGCAGCGCCUGGGCUGGCACGUGGACUGCACGGGCCUCAUCGCCGCCUACCGCGCGCUCGUGCUGCCCGUGGCCUUCGUGCUGGCGGUGGCCUGCACCGUGGCCUGCUGCAAGAGCCGCACCGACUGGUGCUCUUACCCGUUCGCGCUUCGCACCUUCGUCUUCGUCAUGCCGCUGAGCAUGGCCUGCCCCAUCAUGCUGGAGAGCUGGCUCUUUGACCUGCGCGGGGAGAACCCCACGCUCUUCGUGCACUUCUACCGCCGCUACUUCUGGCUGGUGGUGGCUGCCUUCUUCAACGUGAGCAAGAUCCCCGAGCGCAUCCAGCCGGGCCUUUUCGACAUCAUCGGCCACAGCCACCAGCUCUUCCACAUUUUCACUUUCCUCAGCAUCUACGAUCAGGUGUAUUACGUGGAGGAGGGCCUGCGCCAGUUCCUCAAGGAGCCACCGGACGCGCCCACCUUCCUGGGCACCGUGGGCUACAUGCUGCUGCUGGUUGUCUGCCUGGGGCUGGUCAUCAAGAAGUUCCUCAGCAACGCCGAAUUCUGCAGUAAAAAGUGAGCCUCCUCCUUGGGGGAGGCUGCCGGCUCGCCCACCAGUUUGUUCGGAGUUUCUGUUGUUGGUUUGUUUUGAAGUUUUGUCGUGUUUCCUUCUUUGCUUGAGCAGGGUGCUGCGAAACCACAGGGGGAAAGUCCAGCAAGGCAGGAGGGUCUCAGCACACCUGGGGCUUUGAAAGAGGGAGGUGGGCAAACGGGAGGGAUACGGCAGCUGGUUCUUGUCCUUGCAGAAAAUUCAGAUGGUGUCUGUGGCAUCAGGGAUUCUUCUAAGGCAGCGAAUAAAACCCCCACUAAAACCCCAAACGGUUCGAUUUUCCAGUCGUCUUCUCUGCCAGAGGUAAUAGUAAGUGACCCUUGUGAGGUCGGGCACAGAGUAAAGAGGGUAAGUAGACGAAAUCCCCUGGGUACUUCCAUUUGGUUCUGAUGAAUGCUUGGAUUUGUCUAGGAACAGACCUUUGUAGAAAAUCAGCACAGAGACACAAACCCAGGGUUUAACCUGCUAGAAAAUGCAUGGACUGUGAACACAUGUUAAUUAUUUAAAAAUGUUUUCUCAGAUGUUAUUUAAAUAGUAAUAUAUACAAUGGUUUUUCAUAAUUUAUCAAAGCCUGCUAUCUGCACUGAAUUUUCUUUGUUGUGUGUUGUGUAGUUUUAAAUUUUGCAGCCCUUCUGCAUUGCAUACACUUGAACUGGACAUCAGGGCAAGCUGCUUGAGAGUUCUCAGCUACUUUUUUACACAGUAUUUUUUGGAGAUCUGUGUGUGUCUUGAUACAACUGUGAAUUAUUCUACCGUAGGGACUCUGGUUAAACUAUUGAGAGGGAGCUAAAUGGUUUGUAUAGAUCCCAGAUUCCUGUUUACUUUAAUGUAUUCCAUAAAACCCACCUGAUUUUUUUUUUUUUUUGCUUUGUUUUUAAUCUUAUUCUCUCCUUCUCUACUGAUUUAAAUUGCCACUGGAAUAAAUGUGCCUUUUGAAGCAAUGCCCAAA